CUCGACCAUGGACAACGAGGGCCGAGCCAGGCGCACUGCUGGUAUACUAUAUAAGCCCGAUCGCCAGCCACCAGACUUUACAUUCAGUCAAAACGUUCAGUGACUUCAACGCACUCAACAACCAACAAAAAAAACUUAUUUAUUCGCCAUGGCAAUCCAAACCGUCGCCGUAUUCGCCUGCGUGCUCGCCGCCGCAAUCGCCGCCCCAGCCUACCCGACUCCGGCUGCUUACCCAGCACCCGCCGCCGCCUACCCAGCACCCGCUGCAUACCCAGCACCCGCUUACUCCGCACCCAAGUCUUACGCCCCAGAACCCGCCUACGCCCCAGCCCCGUACAACUUCGAAUACAGCGUGCACGAUGACGCCACAUACGACAUCAAGAGCCAAUCCGAAUACAGCGACGGCAACGGAUACGUCAAGGGAUCCUACAGCCUUGUAGAACCCGAUGGCACCAAGAGAAUCGUCGAAUACACCGCCGACGACUACAACGGUUUCGUCGCCGAAGUGAAGAAAGAAGGCACACCCUCUUACAGCUCCGCCCCGGCCUACAAGCCCGCAUACAAGGCCCCAGCUUACCCAGCUGCCCCAGCCUACCCAUCGGCCCCAGCUUACCCAGCAGCCGCCCCGGCCUACAAGCCAGCUUACUCCGCUCCAGCUUACUCCGCCCCGGCUUACUCUGCCCCGGCUUACACCACACCAGCUUACCCAGCUGCCCCAGCCUACCCAGCUGCCCCAGCUUACCCAGCUGCCCCAGCAUACGGAUACUCCACCCCCGCUCCAGCUUACGGACACGCCGCCCCAGCCUACAAACAAUCGUACGCUGCCCCAGCAUACAAACAAUACUAAUUUAUAAUAAAUUCUAGAAAUAAAUAAUUUAUUGUAUUUUUAUGUAAAUAAAAUUUCAAAUUGUCAACAACCAAAAA